GGGGAAGGCCCGCCCAGGGCUGGAUUCAGUUUCCUAAUCACGAAAAGUCCCCAGACGAAUUCACUUGCACUAUCGUCGCCAUUCCGGGUGCAGAUGGUUGCGGCUCCUAGCUGCGCUAGUGGGAGAACCUGUCGCUUGUGCAGUGCUGUUGAUCAUCUGUUUCUCAGUCAGUGCUGUCUUUUGUGGCGUUUGGACGGGCGUUUCCCUAGCCUUAGAACAGAACAUUCCACGCCCUCCAGUCGUUGUACGCAGCCUUGUCUCCCACUCAUUUUUGCAGAUACCGGAAGAUCCCUCUGGACAGGGAGCUUGCUCCCAACAAGAUGACUGUGGCGAUCUUUGCAAACUGUGUGUUCUUUCUUAAAGUGAAACAUUUACCCAUUCAGGAAAAGAACAGAUUGAGAACGUGCAUUAAAGAAAAUGGUGGACUAAUUUAUUUUAUGCUAAAUCAUGAGUGUACCCAUGUCAUUGUGGAUAAUGUUGCUUCACUCAGCUCUUAUCAUCUGAAAACUAUCCAGAAGCAUCAGCUUCCCAUUGUAAGUGCCGAUUUCAUAUGGAAAUCAGCUGAAGAAGGAAAACUUUUACAGGCUGAUGAAUAUGAAACUAGUAAAUCAUUGGAAGGUAGUUCUGACCAAAAGCCAAGCCAUUGUGAUGAAAAGAACCAUCUGUCUUCUGAGCAUGACAUUAAGGAGAAAGAGGAUCCCACUGAGAAGAAUGAAAACAGUGGCCUGGAGCUCACUACUUUGGAAGUCAGUGAGAGUUCGGUUGGGCCCAAUAUGGAGAGUGUCAGAUUUUAUACAGAAAAUGAUCGAGAUACUCCUUAUUUUCCACAAGAUUUUGAAGUUGCAAAAUAUGAUGUCCUUGAAAAAAUUAAUAUUGAGAAAGGCAAAGAAUUUGUAGUUAUUGAAUUGCAGUGUUCCCAGGAAUCGUGUGAGUUUCCCUUUCGAAUAUCUGUACACUUCAGCAUGUCAGAUGGAUUUACGAGUAAAAAACUGUUCAUAAGAACUAAGACUUCUGAAGAAGUAAGAGAAAAUUAUGAGAUUUAUGUUAAAGAUCUGAAGAACCAAGAUUUCCUGUUAAGAGAAACCCUUCCCCUAGGUGCAGAUUAUUUAGCCUCCACAAAAUUACAAGAGCUACUUCUAGAGGAAGCUAUAAAUUCAAGCACUUUAUCCCAAGAAAUUAGUGCUUUUGUAGAACUGAUCUGGGCAGAAGCACUUGGUCAUUUGGACCAUUUACUACUUGAGCCAGUAAACAACCUCAGCCUCAAUGAUGUGAGCAAAGCAGAAGGCAUUCUACUCCAAAUGAAGAAUGCAAUGAAUGAGGGAACACCAGCAGAGGCACUGAAGGCGAUGAUGAUGGAGUUUUAUCGAAUUAUACGUCACAAAAGUGGAAUUGACUAUAAUAUUACAAAAAAACUGUUAUCUAGCAAACAGGACCUCUGUCAGGUGCCAGAUUAUCGGAAGUUUCAUGUGAUUGACUGUCCAGUGAAAGUUCUAAAAAUAUAUAGAGUUGGCAGAAUAAGUGAAACAGCAGAGUUUCUGAGCAAUCUUGGGAACAUUCAGUCCUUAUUCCAUGCAUCAUCUGUGCGCAACUUUGUUGGAAUUCUCUCACGAGGUCUCCUUUUACCAAAGAUAGUGGUUGAAAAUCAUGGCUUGGAAAGAACUGAUAUUGGGAACUUAGGGAGUGGCAUUUAUUUCAGUGACUCCAUCAGUACAAGUAUUAAGUAUUCUUCACCAAGUGAAAUGGAUGGAACGCGACUAUUGGCUGUUUGUAAUGUAGCACUUGGAACCUGUUUGGACUUGUAUAAAAAAGAUGUGACAUUAACUAGUGCGCCAUCAGGAUAUGACAGUGUUCAUGGAGUCCGUAAAACAGAAAACAUCUAUUCAGAUUUUGAGGAUGAUGAAUUUGUUGUAUACAAAACCUGUCAGGUUAAAAUGAGAUACAUUGUUAAAUUUUGCCUUGUUGGAGACCAAGUAAAGCAGUUUCAGCCUGGAAUUGAGACAGAAUUAGAGAAAGAUCGGCCGGUGACCUCGCAUUGUCAUUUACAACUCAAAGACUAUGCAUUACCAAGCUUAAAUCUUUUGAAUCCUAUAAAAACUGGUCUUCAGGACACAUCUGGAAACCCAGUCCCUCUUGAAGAUAUUCAUAUCAAGGGAAGAAUAAUGGACUUCAUAGCACAGAUAGUAGUGUUUCAGACUUACAUCAAUCAGAAUGAUAAUCCCAUUGAGGCAAAAUAUGUCUUCCCUUUGGAUGACACAGCGGCUGUAUGUGGAUUUGAGGCUUUCAUCAAUGGGAAACAUAUUGUUGGAGAGGUUAAAGAAAAGGAACAAGCACAUAAAGAAUACAGAGAAGCAGUCAGUCGAGGUGAUGGAGCUUAUUUGAUGGACCAAGAUGCCCCUGAUGUUUUUACUGUGAGUGUUGGAAACUUACCACCUAAAAGUACGGUUCUUAUCAAAAUCACCUACAUCACUGAACUUAGCUUUCAGAAUGGCUGUAUUACCUUUCAAAUGCCUACUGCUGUGGCACCUUGGCAACAAGACAAAGCAUUGAAUGAAAACACACAGGAUACAGUAAAGAAGGUCGGUGUUAAACGAAUAGGAACAAAAAAGGGUGGAUUCUGUGUGGUCAUGUCUAUUGAAAUGCCAUACAGUAUUGAACGCAUUCAUAGUUGGACACACAAACUUAAAAUAAAGGUAAGACAUUUUCCUGAAAUCAUUUUUUUUUACUUAAAAACCAAAAAAUCUUUUAAAAAUGUGGUUAGUUCCACAGCAAAUCAUCACAUCCUGAGAACUUUGUCUCAAUAUGGUGCUGGAGCAUAUGAAUAUUUUGAUCCAAAAUCAAAGUAUAACUGGCUAAAAAAGAUAGAAAGCCAAACAUCCAGAAUAUAUUCUCCAGGAUGCAGUUCUGUCUCUAUUAAAUGGCAACAGUUUGACUCAAAUGCACCAGAGCCAUUGCAAGCUCCUACUCAAAUAUAGUCUUUGUUUAACAAUGAAAGACUUCUUGUCUAUAGAUUUAUCCCACAUUGUACUCAGGCCACUUUAAAUGCACUAAUAAAUGACCAAGAAUUGCAAGCAAUGAUCUCAACCACUGAAUUACAGAAGACAACAGGAACACUGCUCCACAAACUCACAGCAAGAGCCCUCAUUAGGGACUAUGAAAACGGGAUACUUCAUGAAAAUGAAACAGAACAUGAGAUGAAGAAACAUACUUUGAAAGUCCUGAUUAUUAAUCUCAGCAUGGAGAACUCCAUCAUAACCCAGUUUACAAGUUUUGUGGCAGUAGAGAAAAGGGAUAUUACUGAAGUUCAGCACUCUGGUGUUCCAAACAUUCCCGAACUUAUAGCUAAGGAAGAUACAGACUUUUUACCCUACAUGGACUGGGAGCCUAAGACAUCUGAGCAUGGACUCCAGUCUCUAACCAGAGCAGUGGGAUUCAGCAGAUGUGAAUCAGCCACCACUGCGACUUUCCUGUCUGGCCAGCUGGGGGAAGGAGGGGAUAGCACUGACAAUGCACAGGAAUUAAGAGUCGCGCUCUUUUCAUCAGCAGCCUCCCACAGUCCCAAGAGAGACACUGCAGUGCUUAAUCUCUUUGACUGGCGAGCUGAGACCAGGAUUCACUGUUUGGAGCAUGAGCAGUUUCCUUCUCAGGCAGGUUUAUCUGACCGUUUUCUAACUAGAGUUGAAGAACAACUGCAACAUCUCCAAUGUCAAAGUGACGAAGUGUCAGUUCCCUUGGUUAAACCGGGCAUCUCACCAGAUUCCACUAGAAUGAGCUUUAACGGGGCUGCUAACGUUGAAUACAGUGCUGGGGCCACUGAAGUUGGACUGUUUGGGUCUGUCUCUAAGCCACAACCAGAAUUCAGCCCACAUAGUCAAAAAUCACUUUCAAAAAUCAGCAUUCCCCAGUCUCCAGUUUUUGGAGAUUUUCAUCAACAUCUACUGACUCCUAAUCGUCGUCCUCCUCUUCCUCUUCCUCCUCCUCUUCCUCCCAAAUUAAUUCCGGGUCUUCGUUUACAUUCAUUGUGCUCAUUUACUCCUUCAAGCCUGAAGAAGGCAAAUUUUGAAGCUCAAGGUACUGCUGAAGUUCUUGCUCUUAAAUUAGCUGGUGAAGCAGAAUCACCAAUACUGCACACUGCACCAAAGAGUGGAGCACAACUUAGAAGUCUGAAUUCUGCUUUGCAUUUCUCUGCUAUUGAAAAUGCAGCCAAAACAAGGAGGAGUUGCUCUCCAUUUCACUGGACUUCUGCAUCUACAGAUACUGAAAAAAAAGAGCUUAGUAAAAUAGUACCUCAGAUGAAGAUUCAACAAAGUCCACCAAGUGCUGUAACCUGGACGAUGAUUUUUGAGCUCCAAAAUCAGGAUGGCUUUUGGAAUCUCAGCCCAGAACUUGGGGUUCUUUUGGAUCUUGAUGUGGAUUAUUUAAUCAAUAAUUUCCUUCCAAAAAAAGGCAUUUGGUCCCUAGGUCCUAAAGGAAGAGAAGUAUUACAACUGAUUGCUACACUUUUGGUGCUGCAGUUCAUACGUUAUAAACAGCAACUGGAAGGGAUAACUUUCAAAUCUCUAAUGAAACUGGACGAUUCACCCACUUCAAGUGCUAUUCACUGGGCUUUUGCUUCAGUAAAAAAAGCAGUGGAAUGGGUAAGAAGAGUUGACAGACAAUUUCCAGCCAUCUGCCAUCGACUUGAACUUGGGAAGGAUUGGGACUCUGCCACAAAGAAGUUGUUGGGUAUUGAGUUAAUCAACACCAACUUUCCUCCAAAUAUUUAAUCAUAGGAGACUUACAUAAGGUUAAGAAAAGCAUUAACUGCUUUACUCAUUUUGCAAUUAUUAGACAAAUUAUGGGAUUUCACUGCAUUAACAGAGGCAAUUUUCAUUUUAUAUUGUACCUGUAUAACUACUGAGUAGUUUUAAUAUCCAGGAAAUUAACCAAAAUGUGGAAAUGUGGGGUCUUGUUUUAUAU